AUGCAGUACGGAAGAGACGCACUGAGUGCCGCCGAAAACCUGGCCUCGAAACUCAAGAAGCAUCCGAAGGCGGUCGACUACCCGAACUCCCAAUACCUCCCACCCUUCGCCAGAGUUCUGUUCCUUAGCAUGAAGAACGCCGUCGCCGCCCUCGACGGAUAUGUCAAGAUCAGAUCCAGCAGCAAGGCUCCCAGCACCGUGAUUGCCACGGAGUGCAUGAGAAUGAGGGACACUGACAAGAUCGAAAACAAGAAAAUGCACAGACUGAGCGCGCACAUGGUCUCGACCGACGCCUACUUGUCCGCCGACAUUGGACCCUCGAUCAGUAUCCCGGUGUAG